AUGGGUAAUUGUUGUGUAACACCUACUGGGGUUUCUUCCUCUGAGAAGAACGUCAUAAGGAAAAAGGAGAAGCAAAAUCCUUUCUUUGGUGAUAAUUAUGCUGUAACCAAUGGAUCCGGAAAUGUAGACAAGCUUUGGGUCUUGAAAGAACCCACUGGCAGGGAUAUUUUGGCGCAUUAUGAUCUGGGUCGUGAGCUUGGCCGUGGGGAGUUUGGUAUUACAUAUUUGUGCACUGAUGUAAACACUGGGGAGAAGUUUGCCUGUAAGUCUAUAUCGAAGAAGAAGUUGAGGACUGCUGUGGAUAUUGAGGACGUGAGGAGGGAGGUGGAGAUAAUGAAGCAUUUGCCUGCUCAUCCAAAUAUCGUCACCUUAAAGGCUAGUUAUGAGGAUGAUACUGCUGUGCACAUUGUAAUGGAAUUGUGUGAGGGAGGAGAGUUGUUUGAUAGGAUUGUAGCAAGGGGGCAUUACACAGAAAGAGCUGCUGCUGCAGUUAUGCGGACCAUUGUGGAAGUUGUUCAGAUGUGCCAUAAGCAUGGAGUCAUGCAUCGGGAUCUCAAACCAGAGAACUUCCUAUUUGCAAAUAAGAAGGAAAAUGCAGCGUUGAAGGCAAUUGAUUUUGGAUUGUCAGUCUUCUUUAAACCUGGUGAGAGAUUUAAUGAGAUAGUUGGAAGUCCUUAUUACAUGGCUCCGGAGGUCCUAAAGCGCAAUUAUGGCCCUGAAGUUGAUGUCUGGAGUGCUGGAGUCAUUCUUUAUAUUUUACUUUGCGGUGUCCCUCCUUUCUGGGCAGAAACUGAGCAAGGGGUAGCGCAGGCAAUUAUUCGCUCCGUUAUUGAUUUCAAGAGGGAGCCUUGGCCUAUAGUUUCUGAUAAUGCGAAGGAUCUUGUGAAGAAAAUGCUUAAUCCUGAUCCCAAGCUAAGGCUUACAGCUCAGCAAGUGCUCGAGCAUCCUUGGAUACAAAAUGCAAAGAAGGCUCCAAAUGUCCCACUUGGUGAGACUGUAAAAGCCAGGCUCAAACAGUUUGCUGUGAUGAAUAAGCUCAAGAAAAGAGCCCUAAGGGUGAUAGCUGAACACUUGUCGGUGGAGGAAGUAGCAGGCAUAAAGGAGGCCUUUGAUGUGAUGGACACUGGCAAAAGAGGCAGCAUUAAUCUUGAGGAGCUUAGGGUUGGGUUACAGAAGCUUGGCCAACAUAUUGCUGAGGCAGAUCUUCAAAUCCUUAUGGAAGCUGCUGAUGUUGAUGGCGAUGGAGCUCUGAAUUAUGGAGAGUUUGUCGCGAUUUCAGUUCACAUUAAAAAAAUGGGCAAUGACGAGCACCUGCAUAAAGCUUUUUCAUUUUUUGAUCGAAACCAGAGUGGUUACAUUGAGAUUGAAGAGUUGCGAGAAUCCUUGAAUGAUGACGCUGACACAAGUAGUGAGGAUGUUAUCAAUGCCAUUAUGCAUGAUGUUGACACAGACAAGGAUGGUCGCAUAAGUUAUGAGGAGUUUGCUACAAUGAUGAAGGCUGGUACAGACUGGAGAAAAGCCUCUAGGCAGUAUUCACGGGAAAGAUUUAACAGUCUGAGCAUAACAUUAAGGCGGGAUGGAUCAUUACAGGCAGCCAGUUGA